UUGUUUCUGGCGUGGUGCGUAUGCGUAGCUGGGCUGUCCCCUGCUGCAUACGGGUCAGCUCUUAUUAAAGGGUCUUGAGCUCCAUCCCCAUAAUCCCCGUAGCUACCAGACAGCCGAGAUGGGGAGGCUGAUGCUGCUGGCUGGACUGAUUCUUCUGAUGAAACACAGUGAUGGUACUGCCUACAAGCUGGUGUGUUAUUUUGCCAGUUGGGCACAUAGUCGGCCAGGCCCUGCCUCCGUCUUGCCCCGUGACCUGGACCCCUUUCUUUGUACACACCUAGUAUUCGCCUUUGCCUCGAUAAGCAACAAUCAGAUUGUUGCCAAGAAUCUUCACGAUGAGAAAAUUCUCUACCCAGAGUUCAACAAACUCAAGGAGAGGAACACGGAGCUGAAGACACUGUUGUCCGUUGGAGGGUGGAACUUCGGCACAUCACGGUUCACCACUAUGCUGUCCACAUUUGCCAACCGGGAAAAGUUUAUUGAUUCUGUUACAUUCUUCCUGAGAACACAUGGCUUUGAUGGUCUCGACCUUUUCUUCUUGUACCCUGGACUACGAGGCAGCCCCACACAGGACCGCUGGAAUUUUCUCUUCCUAAUUGAAGAGCUCCAGUUUGCCUUCGAGAAGGAGGCCCUGCUUACCCAGCAACCUCGGCUGCUGCUGUCAGCUGCUGUCUCUGGGAUCCCAUCCAUCAUCCAAACAUCUUAUGAUGUGCAUCUUUUAGGAAGACGACUGGAUUUCAUUAACGUCUUGUCUUAUGACUUACAUGGAAGUUGGGAAAAGCUUACAGGACACAACAGUCCUCUGUUCUCCAUUCCUGAAGACUCCAAAUCUUCGGCAUAUGCUAUGAAUUACUGGAGAAAGCUUGGGGCACCCACGGAUAAGCUCAUCAUGGGCUUCCCCACCUAUGGGCGUACCUUCCACCUCCUCAAAGCAUCUAAGAAUGGAUUGCAGGCUGCCUCAGUGGGACCAGCAUCUCCGGGAAACUACACCAAGCAGGCUGGCUUCUUGGCUUACUAUGAGGUCUGUUCCUUUGUCCAGAGAGCAAAAAGGCACUGGAUUGACUAUCAAUAUGUUCCAUAUGCCUACAAGGGGAAUGAGUGGCUUGGCUACGAUGACACCAUCAGCUUCAGUUACAAGGCAAUGUUCGUGAAGAAGGAGAGUUUUGGGGGAGCCAUGGUAUGGACACUGGAUACAGACGAUGUCCGAGGCACUUUCUGUGGCAACGGCCCUUUCCCCCUUGUCCAUAUAUUGAAUGAACUGUUGGUGAAGGCAGAAUUCAACUCAACCCCCUUGCCACAAUUUUGGUUUACGUCGUCUGUGAAUUCCUCAGGCCCUGGUUCUGAGAAGCUGGCUGUGACAGAAGCAUUGACCACUGAUACUAUAAAGGUUUUGUCCCCAGGAGGAGAGGCUGUGGUCACUGAGGUUCACAGGAAGCACGAAAAUGUGACAGUAAUCCCCAAUGGUGGACUUUUGACCCCUGGGGAAACAGCAUCUUCUGCAACACAUACUGCAGCUCUAGAAAGUAUCACUAUGGCUCCUGGGGCAAAAACUAUUACCUCACUGGAUCUUCUUUCUGAGACCAUCACCACUGGGAUGACAGGAACAGUCCAGACACAGACAAAUGGGGGAGAGACCAUGGCCACAGUGGGUCAUCAGUCUGUGACCCCUGCAGGGAUGGAUACGACUCUUGUCUAUCUUCCGACUAUGACUCCAAGUGAGAAGGCAACUUCCAGAAAGAAGGCUGUGGUCCUUCAAAAGGUCACUGUUCCCCCUAAAGAGAUGUCAGUUACCCCUAGUGGGCAGAGAACAAGUCUAACAUGGGAGAGUUUGACUACUGAGGUAGCAACCUACUCCCCGGAUGGGUGAAAUUGAUCCUUCCAUAGAAGUUGAGAACAGAAUGCUGUCCUUCAGCUCUGUUGUCCUGUCCCCAGGAUACACUCCUUUCACCUUUAAACA